AUGCUGCCCAAUCUGAGUUUAGACACAACUCUCGGCCGGCGGAAAAAGUUGCCGGAUCGCCGCGUUGAAGAGGGUGCGCCAGGCUGCUUUUCGCCGCGCCCUUCGCACUCGCGGAGUUUGAGCAUGGUUAGCAGUACCCAUGAAGAAGGGGCGCCUGCUGCAGCAGAAACAACAACAGCGGCGUCGCACCGCUCCACCUAUGCAGCAGAGCCGCACCACGUGCGUGCAUCCGAGCAGCGCACCGCUCAGACAUUAACAGAAGUUCCUCCGGCGCCGCAGACACGCGGUAGCUCGUUAGAGGGGUUCUCGCGCACGCUAGGGGUGCCAACGCUGCCGUCCGCGGAGCCUGAGCUGGAGCUUCAUGGGCGCAAACUGCGCCGCUCACCGCCCAAGGUAACGCUGUUGGACCACCAGCAGGCACGGAGCAGUUCUGCAUCCUCGUUGCGUGUGCACGCUGCGGCUCCCUGCGGCGACGGAGACGGUGGAAGGGCGGCAGCCUCGGCACAUCGCACAGCGAUUGGCUCUGCGUCAGUUGGCAAACAACUGGCGCUGUUCGAGGCGUAUGUGUCGGGGAAACCAUGGCGAAGCAUACCUGAAUCUCAUCGAGGUGGAUGUGGGGCUUCAGCUUUGACGAUAUCAGCCCUUGCGACAAGUAGUUCAGGGGAAUAUGUUGCCCUUGGGGAUCGUUCCGGUCGUGUUUUUGUGAUGCACCGAAAACAGCAACAAACAGAUAAGGACGGUGGAGACAGGGGAGUUGGUAAUGGAAGGGGCGUGAAUUAUGAAGCAAAAGGAUCCACAUCACUUUUGCGUGAGCCCUAUGAAUUUGUUGUGGGACGUCAGGCGUACACCUCCGUUAUUGACCCGUUGAAUAGUGUGGAGGUGACGCCUAGUGUCCAGGCUCUAUCCUUUUUGCCACAGGUUGGGCCAACGACGUAUCUGCUCACUGCAAAUGAGAAAAUGCCUAAAUUGUACAAGGUGAUACAGGUGCGGGAAUCUCCUACGCCAUUCUUGGCCGUGGAUCGUCUCGGGGAAAAGUGUUCGGGCUCAUUGACUUUAAAUCCCCUCCGUGGUUCGACGACAGUCGCGAUGAAGCAGGUAUCUCGCUACGCGCUGAACCACGAGUACAACAUCAACUCUUUGUGCCCUUUGGCCGAUAGCGCGCAGUUUUUUUCUGCGGAUGACCUCACGGUGAAGCUGUGGUGUGUGGAAUACCCUGACACCUCUAUCGAGACGUAUAGCCUUAGGCCGCCUUUUGACGAGGAACCACAAGAGGUGAUUUGCAGCAUUCGCAGUUUCCCCCAUGAACCUUUUCUGCUCUUUGUCUUGACAAGCUCCGGUUCCAUUCGCGUGGUUGACACCCGCCAAACUCUCAAAUGGUUUCACCAGGCACCGUUGGUUUUCAGGAACAUGGUUUGCAACGAAGAUGUCAUGUUCACCAGUAGUCUUACAGACUGCGCUCUGAGUCCCUGCGGUCGGUAUGUGGCUGGCCGUGACGUGGUAAGUGUGUGCCUGUGGGACAUUCGUCGCGCUACACUGCAUGACCGUAAUCCGCGGACGUCACCAACUCCAUUCAACCACGAACAAGAACAUAAUGUGGUGCGUCGGUGGGAAUUGUACCCCCAUCUGCGGCCGAACGUUGAACAGUAUUACCAAAAUGAGCUUCUUGAUACGUUUAAUGUGCGGUUUUUGAAUGGCCGCGAGGUGUGCACUGGCGGCUACACUCGAACGUUGUACAUUCUCGACACCAUGAAAGAUGAUGGCGCUCUCAACGGCAAAAGUGUUGUCACUCCACAGGGUAGCGGUGCCAAGGUACUGCAGUUGCCGGUGCUUCAAGACGCAAAAAACAAUCUGCGCGGACCGUUGCACUCAUUAGCGAUGGGUGAUGUAAGUUUCCCUGCUGCUGAAGAACUAGAUGCAGAAGCUGGUGCCACAGUGACGCAGCUUUCCCAACCCUUCACCUCUACAAAGGGUGACUGCUGCAUGUUGGCGUCAUGUGGGCCGGCUCUUUUUCAGCUGGUGUACACCAAUGUUGGCUGUUAA